AUUUGAUAACGUCAAGGCCACUGCGCAUGCGCACGACCAGGCUUCCUCCCAUCCACUAGGUGGCGAUGUAGCAUAUGAACUGCUGGUGUUGGUGUAAUACAUGUGACAUUGACAUCCAAAGAGGGAAAAUGAGGUUGACAGCUCUCCUGUCGAUGGCAGCUAAGGCCACCUUCCCCAAAGACUACCGCUUUGGCACCAACAGGCCGUGGACCGUGGCUGCCAAGAGGCUCAAUCCCCCAGGAAAGAAGAGGAGAAAGGUGUUUAUGGAUCCAGUAGCUCCUGAGGACUGGUCUGUUUUCAGAGGGGACACGGUUGAGAUUCUAGCUGGAAAAGACAAAGGGAAGCAGGGGAAGGUGGUCCAAGUCUUCAGACACAGAAACUGGGUUAUCCUGGGGGGGCUGAACACACAUUACAGAUACAUCGGCAAAGUGGGAGAGUAUCGUGGGACUUACAUCGCCAGCGAGGCUCCCCUCCUGCUCAACAAUGUUUCCCUCAUCGACCCCACAGACAAGAAGCCCACAGGGGUGGAGUGGAGGUUCACAGAGGAGGGGGAGAGGGUGCGGGUCUCCGUCAGGACGGGUCGAAUCAUCCCUAAGCCUAUCGUUGAGCGCCGAGAUGGCAUCGUGCCACAGCAGUGGAAAGAUGGUCCCAAAGACACCAGUCCAGACGACACUCUAGAAAAGACCUAUACACCGUCUAUGAAAACUCUGGAGGAGGAGGUCAUGGAGAAACUGGGCAUCGAGGAGAACAGGAGGCACCAAAAGUCCUACUGGUACUGAUCAGAGACUCUUGACAGACGCUCUUGACAUCCCAUAUUCCCCGUCCUGCUGUCCAUUUUUCGCAGUGGAAGGAAUUCUGAAGAUACCUUGUUAUGAUGGGACUCAGCUGAAUGACAUAAUGUGGUGCAACACCGACAUUUUUGAAGAAAUGCAAGCAUUGCAUGAGGUGGGAACACACACCUUAUGAUUGACCCUGUGUGCUUCUGUUUCCUGAGUGGGAGCAGCUUCACUCAUUCUCUGUUUAGGAUGAUAUCACAAUCACAGUUUGUAUUAUUUUAUUUCUUGUACAUUAUGAAUAAAUGUCAUGUAAACCCGC